AACUUCAAGUUAUCGAAAAUAAAAUAUGCAGUUUAGACGAUGAAAUUUCACGACUUCAUUACCAAUCUAAUUCACGAGCUAAAUUAGAUUUGCAAAAAUCCAAUCUUCGUACGAAAACUGAAUCAUUAAAUACCUUUUUGGCAUCAGCACGAAACGAAUUCAAGAAUGUUGUGGGUAAACAACCGGAAUUAGAUACUCUAGAAAAAGAUAUGGAUGAUCUUCUUAGGAACAAAAAGGAUGAGCUUAAACAAGUUGAAUCUGAGAAUGAAAAAUAUCGUCGUGAAUUAUCUACCAUUGAUGGAAAGCUGCAAAUGUUGCAAUCCACCCAACAACAAAGGCUCCAAGAGAACAAAGAUCAUCGAAAAAAAUUAAGUACGGCUUGUGGAGAUCGGGAUCUUCCUGACGUUAUAAUUGAACUUGAAAAGGAAUUAAACGAUAUGCGGGAAGAACUUGCUAAUGCGUCAAGUAGCUCUGAUAUUUAUAAUAAAUUUGUCAUUUCUGCACAAAAACGUCACGAUUGUCCAUUAUGUGAUCGAAAGUUCGCGGACGAUGAUGAGUUUAGAAAGUUUUUGAAAAAGUUAAAAGAUCUUGCCUCGGGCAACGCAACAGAACAAAUUACUGAUAUAGAGCGUCAGAUUCGUGAUACUGAUGCGAGGCUUAAACGUCUUCGCGAGCUUAAACCAGUUUGGGAUGCUGUUAAUCGUUUUCAAUCAGAGUUGUCCGACUUAGAUAGACAAGUAGAAGAACUACAAAACAAAAAGGCAGAAACUGAUGCUAUGUUGGAAGAUAUUUAUGUCAAUGUCGUUGGAAUUCAAGUAGAAAUCGAUAAUACCACCAAACUACGUAGAGACGUUGAUAAAAUUAUGA